CCCAGGCCAGCGUGCAAAAGAGGCCCAGAAUAUUUUGGGCGCAGCCCGUAAAUCGAUCACUUACAGUUACCGUUCAAAUAAACACAGUAACCAUAGUUCAGACAUACUCCAUUCUGUGUUCAGGUUUCGUCGAGCAAGAUUGGGAUCAAGUUUACUUUUAGAGAAUUUUCAAGGGCACUUGAAGUAAUGGCCCUGCAUUCGAAGUGUAGACAUCCGCAUCCUUAUCCAAGAGCAUCUGUGCAGAGAAUUCCUGUUCCUGAUGAAAAAGUUCCAUGGGAUGUCAAAUUUGAGGAUUAUAAACCAGUAGAAUAUACUUCUGAAUAUGUUUUGAAGAAACCAAUUUGGGCAGACCCUGAUAUCAGCAAAGAAGCAGCAAAACCACCAUUUGCAUAUAAUGACAUUGAUGCUAACUACAAUGUCAACAGGAAGAGUUAUAAUGGGAAGUAUGUAGUGGAAAAUGGUAGGCCAAGGAAUCCAAUGGGAAGAACAGGUAUGGCUGGAAGGGGCCUUCUUGGAAGAUGGGGUCCAAAUCAUGCUGCUGAUCCAGUAGUCACCAGGUGGCAGCUUGAUGACAAGGGGAACAGAGUGAUGAAAAAUGGAAUGCCAGUGUUAGAAUUUGUUGCAGUACAAAGAAAAGACACUGGGGAAUGGGCAAUACCAGGGGGUAUGGUGAACCCUGGAGAUGACGUGCCAAACACUCUGAAGGCAGAAUUCGGGGAAGAAGCUUUAAAUUCACUUGAAGCAUCAGAAGAAGUUAAGAAAGAACUCAGCCAAUGGGUUGACAAAGUUUUUGCAGCAGGAAGUCAGAUUUACAGUGGUUACGUUGAUGACCCCAGAAAUACUGACAAUUCUUGGAUGGAGACCAUGGUAGUGAAUUUUCAUGACGAAGAUGGGAAGGCAUUUACCAAAAUUAACCUGAAAGCAGGGGAUGAUGCCAAGGAUGUGCGAUGGACUGCUGCCGACAGUAAGCUAAAUUUAUAUGCAAGUCACUCAAGUUUUAUUGCGGAAGCUUGCAAACUUCACAAAGCUCAUUUUUGAGCCUGAGGGCUAGGCAUGCUCUUUCGAGGAACGCUGUUUGAAUUAACGCAUAUUUAGAUAUUUAGAGUAAUUUCUCUUCAAGUUUUAUAUUUUUAAGAUUUUUGAGACUUGAAGCUCCCAAGUUUUCUUUUAUAAGCAAUAUAAAAUAAUUACUGGAAUCUUAAAAAUUGGAAAUAUUCGUAUUGGAAAAUGUAAGAAACGUUUUGUAUAAAAGAAAGUUUUUCUUAAUUGGUGUGACUUUAAAUGUUCAGAAUAGACUUUUUAGGCCAUUAAA